GAAAUCCAAAAUGUUUUUGGUUCUUAUCUUUCUUGCGUUGUCAUGCUGGUUGAUUAUUCGUCAGUACCAAAAAGUAUCACGUUUACCACCAGGACCAGUUUCUUUUCCAAUAAUUGGAAAUCUUCCACACAUUAUAUACUACCUGUGGGCAACUGGAGGGAUUGUGUCCACGCUUGAUCUGUUCCGAAAGAAAUACGGAAAUAUUUUCACAUUAUGGGUCGGCCCCGUCCCCCACGUGAGCAUUUGUGACUAUGAAACUUCUCAUGAAGUUUUCGUGAAAGGUGCAAAUAAGUAUGCCGAUAUAGCUCACGCUCCACUUUUCAGAGAGCUUAGACAAGAAAUGGGUGUUUUGGUAACGAACGGUAGUCACUGGAGUACGAUGAAAAGAUUUGCACUUCACACGUUCAGAGAUAUGGGAGUUGGGAAGGAUCUAAUGGAAACGAGGAUUAUGGAGGAAUUGGAUGCAAGAUGUGCUGAUACUGAUAAAUCAGCAACUGACGGAGUCACUGUUGCUCAAGCCGGUGAUUUUUUUGACCUGACAGUGGGCAGCAUCAUCAAUAGUAUUCUUGUUGGAAAACGUUUUGAAGAACACAAUAAAGAUGAUUUUCUGAAAAUCAAAGAAGCCAUGGGUGCUGCGUUUGAAGUCUUCUCCCCAUUUGAUAUGGCUGUACCUGUAUGGUUUUUGAGGACGUUUUUUAGGAGUCGAUAUGAUAUGAUGAUGACCACUCAAAAUACUGCUAAAAGAUUUGCAGCGGCAGAAGCCGUUAAAAGAAUUGAGGAUAUCAAAUCGGGAGCAUAUGAAAUUGAUGAGAGUAACAUUGAAGAUUACACUGACGCUUUUUUGUUGAAAAUUCAAAAAGAUGGAGAAGACCUAGACUUUAACAUUGAAACUUUGAAAACAAUGAUAAUCGAUUUGUGGAUGACUGGUCAAGAAACUACUACAACUACACUUAUUUCUGGAUUUACACAACUACUCCUACAUCCAGAAGUUAUGGUUAAAGCAAGAGAAGAAAUACUAAAAAUAACGGAAAAUGGCUCUCGACAUCUUAGCCUUACUGAUCGUACCUCAACUCCUUAUUUGAAUGCAAUGAUUGGAGAAAUUCAACGUCAUGCAUCAAUCCUUAAUGUCAGCUUCUGGAAAAUCAAUAAAGAGCUCACAUACAUGGGAGGUCACCCCGUCGAUGCUGGAGCUCUGGUUACUGCUCAGCUGAGCGCCUUGCAUGUGAACGAUACUAUUUUCAAAAACCCGCAGGAGUUUGAUCCGGAAAGAUUCAUUCGCGAUGAGGAACUUUUGCAAAAAGUGAUUCCAUUUGGAGUUGGCAAACGCUCGUGCAUUGGAGAAUCAUUGGCUAGAGCUGAGUUAUAUUUGAUUAUUGGGAACCUUCUGCUCCGCUAUAAAUUCGAACCGCAUGGAACAUUGUCGACAACAGAGCUGUUGCCGUAUAGCGCCGGAAAAAGACCAUUCAAGUUGGAAAUGAAAUUUGUGAAAAUCUAAAUGUUUCCUGUUUGAAUAAAGCUCUGAAUAAAGUAAACUCUGAACUGUGAA